UUUUUCUUUUUUCAACAGGGUUUGAGCCGCGUUCACGCGUUUAGCUUCAGAAUCUUCGUAUUUCCGAUCGGAUACUGUAUAGUGAUAUUGCCCAUUGUUUGCCGUCAUACCCAUCUCAGUUGCAACAAUGGCGAUCUUCAUCCGCGGUGGACGAGUGGUCAACCACGAUAACAUUUUUGAUGCUGAUGUGAUCGUUGAAAACGGCGUCAUAAGAGCAAUUGGACGCGGUUUAGAUGCACCGAAUGGUGCGAAAAUCGUUGAUGCGACUGGAAAGCUCGUCAUUCCUGGAGGCAUUGACCCCCAUACCCACAUGGAGAUGCCCUUCAUGGGAACAAGAGCCGUGGACGACUUUUUGAUUGGAACCCGAGCUGCCUUGGCUGGCGGCACUACGAUGAUCAUUGACUUUGUUAUGCCGAGUAAGAACACUAGUCUAGUGGAAGCCUACAAGAAGUGGAGGAGCUGGGCUGAUCCAAAAGUUUGCUGUGAUUACGGUUUGCAUGUCGCUGUGACGUGGUGGAGCAAUGGUGUUGCCACGGAGAUGGAGGAGCUGGUUGCUAAACAUGGUAUCAACUCUUUCAAAAUGUUCAUGGCCUACAAAGAUAUUUUCCAGAUCAGUGAUGCAGAAAUGAUUCAGGCCAUGAAGAAAUGUAAAGAACUUGGAGCGUUGGCUCAGGUUCAUGCUGAGAAUGGGGACUUAAUCUCAGAGAACUCGAAGCAGUUGAUACAAGCUGGUGUUACUGGACCAGAAGGUCACGCCUUGAGUAGACCUGAGGAAGUUGAAGCUGAGGCCGUCACACGUGCUGCUACCAUUGCAAACCAGGUGAAUUGCCCCUUGUAUGUGGUGCAUGUGAUGAGCAAGUCAGCGGCGGAUGUGAUAGCUGAGAAACGGAAGCAAGGCGCCGUGUUGUUCGGGGAACCCAUUGCGGCGUCCCUGGGAACGGAUGGAACCCAUUAUUGGAACCGGUGCUGGAGACACGCCGCAGCUCACGUGCUCAGCCCACCUCUGCGACCCGAUCCCACGACCCCGGGUUACCUCAUGGAUCUGCUCAGCAGUGGGAUUCUGGAGCUGACAGGAACGGACAAUUGCACCUUCAGCAGCGACCAGAAAGCUUUGGGGAAAAGCAAUUUCGCCAAGAUUCCUAAUGGUGUGAACGGUGUGGAAGAUCGCAUGUCUGUGGUGUGGGAAAAGGGAGUUGCGAGUGGGAAAAUGGAUCCCUGUCGUUUCGUCGCUGUCACUUCCACCAACGCUGCUCGAAUCUUCAAUAUCUACCCGAGAAAGGGUGCCAUUGCCGUUGGAUCUGACGCCGAUAUCGUCAUUUGGAAUCCGAACCAUUCGCGCACGAUCUCUGCCAAGACUCAUCAUCAAGCCGUUGAUUUCAACAUUUUCGAAGGCAUGACGUGUCGUGGAGUAGCCGAGCACGUCAUCGCUGGCGGAAGAUUGGUUGUCGAGAAUGGGAAGCUUUUGGACGUUCCUGCUGGUUCUGGUCGCUUUGUGCCGACUCCUGCGAAUGCUCCCUAUGUUUACAUGAAGAUUCAGGAACGCGACAGGGUUCGAGCGUCGCCGGUGAACAGAGACGGAGGUGACGUGGAGUACUUGCCCAUGGAGCGAAUGUCUGUCGAUGACGUGAAACCGCCGUCGCCGGUUGUCAGCACUCCGCCAGCUGCUGUGGCAGCCGAGGCGUCGCCUUCUCCAGUUUCCAACGGAUCUUCGUCUGCGAAAUCGCCUCCUGCUGUUCCAGGUGGUGGCGGUGAUUAUGCAGAGAAUGGAGAUACUUCAGCCCAAAGAACCGCCAUCAAACUUCAUCAUCCUCCAGGUGGCAAAUCAUCGGGUGGAUUCUGCCAAAUGCCGAUCAGAGACGAUUUUUUGUUGUUGAUGCCGGUUGUCAGCACUCCGCCAGCUGCUGUGGCAGCCGAGGCGUCGCCUUCUCCAGUUUCCAACGGAUCUUCGUCUGCGAAAUCGCCUCCUGCUGUUCCAGGUGGUGGCGGUGAUUAUGCAGAGAAUGGAGAUACUUCAGCCCAAAGAACCGCCAUCAAACUUCAUCAUCCUCCAGGUGGCAAAUCAUCGGGUGGAUUCUGGUAGACGAGCGAAUAAAUAAGUCGGCAACAAGUACGAACUGGUUGCUAUCGGUCGGGAUCUGUAUUAUUCAGCCAAAUGCCGAUCAGAGACGAUUUUUUGUUGUUGAGAGGCUUGAAUAUCAUCAACAACAACGUGACCCAGGAGAAUGUCGAUCAGAAAGGAAGCUUUCAACAAAACAAAAAAAGAAAAAUGGUUGCGAUUUUUGCUUUUUCCGCAUUUGUGAAAAUAUGUUUUCUAAAUGUUGCGCUUGCUGGAUUUUUUAUGCUUGGUGUUGUGCGGAAGUUUCCUGAAACUGCUGCUGUUUGUUGUUUUUUCUUGCUGUGUAUUGAGAAAAAUGUUUUAUCGCUUCCGGUCAAUCUGUGAAUAAAGUCAGCUUCACCCACA